CGCGGCUCUCAGGGAGGGGGCGGGGUCAGCGCGGAGAGAGAAGCGAAGGGAAGAGCGAACGGAGCGCGGCCCGGCGCGAGCGGCCGCUCCGGCCGCCAUGGAGGACGGACUCUAUGUCCCCCCCGACCUGACGGCCGAGGAGCGCCGGGAGCUGGCGAGCAUCCGCCGGCGCAAGCAGGAGCUGCUGGGGGAGAUCCAGCGCCUGCGCGAGGAGCUCAGCGAGGCCAUGAGCGAGGUCGAGGGGCUCGAGGCCACCGAGGGCAGCAAAACCCUCCAGCGAAACCGCAAGAUGGGGAUGGGGCGUAAAAAGUUCAACAUGGACCCUAAAAAGGGGAUCCAGUUCCUGGUGGAGAACGAGCUGCUGCGCCCCACGGCUGAGGACAUCGCCCGGUUCCUGUACAAGGGCGAGGGGCUCAACAAGACGGCCAUCGGGGACUACCUGGGCGAGAGGGAGGAGUUCAACAUCGGGGUUCUUCACGCCUUCGUGGACCUGCACGAGUUCACUGACCUCAACCUGGUGCAGGCACUGAGGCAGUUCCUCUGGAGUUUCCGCCUCCCGGGGGAAGCGCAGAAGAUCGAUCGCAUGAUGGAGGCCUUCGCUCAGCGCUAUUGCCUCUGCAACCCCGGCGUCUUCCAGUGCACCGACACGUGCUACGUGCUCUCCUUCGCCGUCAUCAUGCUCAACACCAGCCUCCACAACCCCAACGUGCGGGACAAACCCUCGGCCGAGCGCUUCGUCGCCAUGAACCGCGGCAUCAACGACGGCGGCGACCUCCCCGAGGAGCUGCUGCGGAACCUGUACGAGAGCAUCCGCAGCGAACCCUUCAAGAUCCCCGAGGACGACGGCAACGACCUCACCCACACGUUCUUCAACCCCGACCGCGAGGGCUGGCUGCUCAAGCUGGGCGGGCGGGUGAAGACGUGGAAGCGGCGUUGGUUCAUCCUCACCGACAACUGCCUCUACUACUUCGAAUACACCACGGACAAGGAGCCACGAGGAAUCAUCCCCUUGGAGAACCUGAGCAUCCGCGAGGUCGAGGACCCCCGGAAACCACACUGCUUCGAGCUCUACAUCCCCAACAACAAGGGGCAGCUCAUCAAGGCGUGCAAGACGGAGGCCGACGGGCGCGUGGUUGAGGGCAACCACGUCGUCUACCGCAUCUCAGCCCCGACCCGCGACCAGAAGGACGAGUGGAUCAAAUCCAUCCAGGCGGCCGUGAGCGUCGACCCCUUCUACGAGAUGUUGGCGGCUCGCAAGAAACGCAUCUCGGUCAAGAAGAAACAGGAGCAACCUUGAAAAGGGGGGGGCUGGGACCCCCCCAGGACCUCCCCAGGACCCCCCAAAACCACGAGGGACCCCCCAAAACCACGAGGAACUCCCCAAAACCACAAGGAAUCCCCCCAAAAAACCAUGAGGAACCCUCCAGGAGCACAUGGAAUCCCACCAAGCUGUGAAGGACUCCACUCUCCCCCCCCAGAACCUUGAGAGGACCCCAAAGGACAACCAGGAGACCCUCCAGGGCUCCCCAAAACCCUGAGGGGACCCCAAAGGACGAUGGGGACCCCCCCUGGAUCUUGAGGGACCUCAAAAGCCCCUCAAGAUGACCCAGGACUUCCCAAAACCACCAAGGAACCCCCCCAAGACCUCCAGGAACCCCCCAUGUGACCACCAGGAGACCCUUCAGGGCUUCCCAAAACCUUAAGGGGACCCCAAAGGACAAUGGGGAUACCCCUGGAUCUUGAGGGACCUCAAAGGCCCCCCGAGAUGACCCAGGACCCCCCUAAACCACCAACGAACCUCACCAAGGUGACCACCAGGAGACCCCCUCAAACCCUGAGGAGACCCCGAAGGACAAUGGGGACCCCCAAGACCUUGAGGACCCGCCCAAACCCCCUCCCAGUCCCUCCCAGUUUGGAGGUCCUCCCCCUCUUUCUUUAUUUAUGGCCCCAUUAAAGGAGGUGAA